ACCCUUCGCAGAGAAGCAUAUGGGAUUUAAAGCCUGCUCAUUCAUUUGCCACGUGGUAGAACAGACUUCUAAAAUCCGUAAUGGGUCUUGACUGUUCAGGAAAUGUGUAGCAGUCCCAUCCAUGAAUUAAUGGACUCUAGACGAUUUGCAAGAGGACAGCGAUUAGCAUUUCAGCACUUCCACAGGGUUUGUAAGAAUGUUAUCCUGAUGAUCAGGGUAUGUCGCUGCUUCCGGCGUGGACUGAAAGGAUUCUCCUGUUUUCACCUGAUAGAGAAAGACACUCGUGGGGAGAUUGAGGAAGACAAGAAAAAGGCCAAUGCUGUGUUUGAUCGCCAUGAGUUCAGUGUUUCAAAGGAGCAUUUUCCUUUUAGAGCAAUCCAAAUAACCAAGAAGUCACCGGCAUGGAGGACUGAUAAUGAAAUAAAACAUUUACAGAACCGCUUGCAGUUCCUGGAAAGCUUUCGACAGUAUAGUCCAGUCCUGCAAAGUCUUCUGGCCAAAGUGAUUCGCUUCGAACGGUUUGGUCGCAGGAGAGUCAUCAUCAAAAAGGGACACCAGGCAGACAGUUUCUACUUCAUCUAUUGUGGUUCUGUUGCUAUCACUGAUGACGACGAUGGUGGCAGCGCGUUUGUAGAAGCAGCUCCGACUACAAUUCGAAGAGGUGCUUGUUUUGGUGAAAUUGCCCUUUUGCAAAACACAAGGAGGGUCGCCACUGUAGUCUGCCUGGAGGAAACGGAACUGCUGGUGGUGGACAAAAGUGAUUUUUUUGCCUACGAGCUAGACAAGGAACUUAACCGGGAGUUCAAAUAUCGAUAUGAAUUCCUGAGAAGUGCCGACCUUUUCGAAACACUGCCCGAUUCUUCAGUAGCGAAAAUAGCCUACUACUGCAAAAUCGAGAGGUCCCACUAUGGGCAGGUGAUUACUAGCGACAUCACAGAUUCGUCCACGAUGAUAUUUAUUACAAAGGGUGUGUGUGAGGUUUUACGACUGGUGGAUCUCAGCACCUGUCCAUCUUACCACAAGUGGAUCUCAAAACAACUGUGUUUCCCCAAACGCAAGCUGCAAAUGAUGGAUAAGCGCCGCAUAGCAGCUGAGAUUGCGUGCGUUGACAGGUUCAAAAGCACAAUGUGGAAUUCCUUCAGUGGGGAGAGAUUGAAGGAUCUCAAAGACUUCUAUAUCAGUCACCGGAAUGAACAGUAUGACCAAUUCAUGAAGCAGGACAGUCUCUUCAACAGGGAGCAUAAAAGUGUUGUGAUAAACGUGGACAAAAGUCCAUUCAUUAAUAAGCAUCAUGGGGACGACGGUCCAGAGGUUGUUCAAAAGAUUAUAUCGGGAGAGUUCAGAAAGGAACCUCUGUACUCUACUUCCUAUGGAGAGAUGCCAACUUCUGUUGCAGCAGCUGUAUACAUCAAAAUGGAUGAAUUGCGCAAAGGCGAAAUGAUAGCGAAUCUGCACGAUAGUCGUGUCAUAGUUUUGGUCAGUCAGGGGGCAGAGAUCAUCCGUCUGAAAAAAGAAAGGGUUGAAGAAUGGGCAGAUGCUGCCACAAUGCUAAAAUUUGGGAAAAUAAAGAUGAAAUAUCCCAGUGAUGACGAGCUGUGUCAAGUCUUCCUCAGACAGAACUCCUGGGAAUCGUUUAAGAAAGAUCUGCUGGGCAUUGUGAUGCGGCCCAAACUCAUGAAGAUGGUCCACCCUCCUCAUCCGUGCCCAACGGAAGAAAUCUACGACCCUUGGUGCGUGAACCAAGCAGGCGUCUUAGACCUAAGUCAGAUGCGCCACCAAAAAGAACCUAGUACCUCAGAGAAGUAUAAGUUCGUUCCCGUUGGGGUGGAACAAGAAAAACAGAGUUUGCCAUAUAUUCAGCCAAGAUUGAUCCAUAGCAUCACAGUCCUCCGUUCACCUUUGGACGGAGCAUUUUAGCGAGCUGUUUCAAGGUUUCUUAUUUACCGGUCAGCGCGACAUGGUGGGGGGCAACUCUAAAAAGAUCAAGGGGUGAUUCUGGCAGUGUGUGUGUGUGUGUGUGUGUGUGUGUUCGUUCACACAUAAAUAUACAUAUACAGCUUUGCUUUAUGUAAGUUUUCUUCUCUGUUAGAAAGCACCUUAUUAUUUUUUCCCAGUAGAUCUAUGGUGUGAAUUCUGAAUCAGCAGUUAAUUUCAUUUUCUUUCAGUAUUGCCAUAGAGAGAAUAUUUUUUCCUUCAAGAUUCUGUGUUUGUGUGUCCCCAUAUAUAUAUCUCAAUAAAUUAUAUUUAAU